AUGUCAGGUGGACGAGCCUUUUCUUCACUGUUACGAUGCAUGAGACCAAUAUUUGUUACUAACCGGAAAGCAACCGGAUCAAUUUAUUCGUCCUCCGGUUCCUCGUCAUCACAGGAAGCUAUUACGAAACAAGUAAAGUUCAUAUGUGCACAUGAUACGUUCGUUGGGACGGGAAAGAUAGAAGAACAUUUGCUUGAUGUUGUACUGAAAAACAACAUACCGUUGGAAGGAUUCGGUGCUUGUGGAGUGUGGGUACUGAGUGCUCAAAAGUUAGUAUGUGAUUUAGGAAUGCUUGCUUGUAGUACAUGUCAUGUCAUUCUUGAAAAGGAACAUUACGAUCUCAAGACGAGCUGGAUCCUUCUCGAUAAUGCGCCAGGGUUGACCGAGUAUUCUCGACUUGGAUGUCAAAUCCAACUUGCCCAGGAUGAUCCUGAUACAAUCAUUUGUAUUGUUCCUGCAAGUGUGGAUCAACGUUGUUAA